CCCUCACGGGGAGUGACAGCCUCAGCUAAGCUAAAUUAUAUCAUUUACCACCGGCAACCACCAGUCGGCAGCCGCCUUAUGAAAUGUGCCAAUUAUUUUGUCUUAGCCCCAUACUAUUAAGCUGGUGGUGGCGUGGACACCUUACAACCAACCACCACCCUAAUACCGCCGCUUUUACAUCCUUCCCAAACUAUAGUCUGAUAUUUUCAGUUUUUUGUUUUCUCUACCCCACCAUUUAAUAUUCCAAAGACAAAUAAUAUACUAUUUUACAUACUAAUAAUAUUAUUACACUCUCUCUAUAUAUAUCUUCUCUCAGAUACUCCAACAUGAAUGAGGGUAGUUGAGGGUUGAGUAAUGAAUGGUGUAGAAGGGUCGUCGUCUUCAGCAGCAGACUCAUCAUCUCUUCUUGAACAAAAUGCGAACUAUAUGAGUGUUCUUGGUAGGAAUGGGGGCACAGGGUUCACCUUUAUGCAGAUGGAGGAGCUCAAAUUACAAGCUCUAAUCUACAAAUACAUGGAAGCUGGAUUGCCUGUUCCUUCUAAUCUCCUCCUCCCUAUUUGGAACUCUGUGCUCGCUUCUUUCACAGGGUCAGGAUGCGAUCGUAGUUUGUAUGACAACUAUAAAAACAGCAUGGAAGCUGAACCAGGAAGAUGUAAGAGAACAGAUGGAAAGAAAUGGAGGUGUAGCAAAGAAGUUGUCAUCGGUUACAAGUACUGUGAAAAACAUUUGCACCGUGGUCGGAGUCGUUCAAGAAAGGAUGUGGAAGCUGACUCCAUGGUCGCGGCCACCAAUGGACGCCAUAAAAAUCUAUGAAAGAAACAGUUUCAGUUACUCUAUGUUCCACAAGUUAUCCGACUAAGUUCUUUAUGAAACCAGUCCAUGAUAAGAUUAUUUUCAUAAAUGAGGUCGACUUGUCUCGUUUUGAGGGGAAAGUGGACCACUAAGGACCAUGGGGCUCGAUCCUUGAUCAAUAAUAUAUGGUCCUGAAUGAGGCUCUGCUUUUUGGUUCUAUCUGUUUUAGGUACAAUUGUUGCAGUAAUGCCAGUAAACAUUGUUGCAUGAAUGCUCGUACGUAGGACACUAAAUAAGCAAUGCAGAUUAUAUGUACUGGAGUAUUUCCUGAUAAUAACCUACAUAGAGCCUGAAAUCACUACCUGUUGUUCAACAUAAUUGACAAGGUGACCUUUUUAAAUGGAUCCACUAAUUUAAAACAUGUUGUGUAUCAUCGUUAGAUGGCUUUUUUAGAUAUCAUUACAAAAAAGAAAUAAAAGAAGCGUCACAUUAAGCAAAAAUACUCUUACAUUUAUUUUAGAAAAUGCAGAUGCAUAUCCGAGUUUGGAUCAGGGUUCUAGCAACACAUACGGCACCUGUUCCAGAAUUAC